AUGACGCAUUCGCACGAGUUUAGAAAGCUGGGCUUCAUCGGCCUCGGAGCUAUGGGGAAACCAAUGCUUUCUCAUCUUGCCAACAAACUGCCUGAGGAAUCGCGCAUUUGGGUUUAUGACGUGGUCGAACAGAUGGUAGACGAUGCGUGUGCAGAGUUUCCUGGUCGAGUCCUGAAGGCAAAAAGCGCCAAAGAUGUUGCGCAACAAGUCGACACAGUUGUAAGCAUGGUGCCUGAAGGUGCGCACGUACGAUCCGUAUAUCUCGACCCCCAAAACGGCGUAUGCGGCACCGAUAUCUCGAAUAAGCUGCUCAUCGACUGCUCGACAAUAGACACGGCAACCAGCCUCGCUGUGAAGGACCACAUUACCGCCGAGUUUCCCUCUGCGUCGUUCUAUGACUCUCCGGUGAGUGGCGGCGUGGUGGGAGCCAUCAAAGGCACGAUCGCAUUCUUCCUAGGCUGUGCAGAGUCGGACCCAAAUAUUGAGCGCCUCACAUAUCUGAUGGGUUUGAUGGGUGGGCAAGUGAUACCUUGCGGAGGUCCAUCCCUUGGGCUUGCAGCGAAGCUGUCGAAUAACUACCUAUCGGGUAUCAUCGCCAUAGCUUGCUCUGAGGCUUUCGACAUGGGAAUGCGCAGCGGAUUGGAUCCCCGCACUCUGGCCAAAGUGUACGCCGCUGGUACUGCCCAGAACACUAUUUGCGACAAGUUUUGCCCUGUCCCACAUGUAUACCCCGAAGCCCCGUCUUCAGGAGGCUGGAAGCAGGGUUUCAAAGUGCAGCUCAUGCGCAAAGACUUCGGUUUGGCCGUGGACAUGGCGAAACGAGUAGGGUCGAGAAACGUGUUGGGUGACGUUGGACUACAGACAUACGAUGGGGCAGCCAACGAUCCGCGUUGUAGGGAUUUGGACUCGCGGGUGGUAUAUCGCUACCUCGGUGGCCAGGAAGACUGGCGAUCUAAAUCGAACGGCGCAUGA